UCUGCUUCUUCCCGGGGAAAACAAACCAAACCAAUACGGCGUAACUAUGGUUUCCGAUGGCGUGGCGGCGGAGGAGCCGUUUCUGGCAUCGGGUCGGAGCUCCGAGAAGCUGAGUCUUCCAUCACUCCAAUCGAAGAUGAAGUGCGAUCCGGAAGGCUACGAAUCGGAGCUACUCCUUCUACGUAGCCAAUUCAACUCUUCGCUCGAACUCUGUCAGAAACAAGCGGAUUUGAACUUCACCUCCAUCACCGGCAUAGCCACCGAUCCCACCGUCGCCAAAGACCUCGGCGACAGAGCCACGUUCCUCGCCCACGUCACUCCUUUCUACCCCAAACACCUCGCCGAUUUCCCUCACAAACUCUCCGAUUUGCUUCGCCGCGCUGCGCUCACGCUUCCUUCAGGCCUUCGUUGUCACCUCGCUCAGGCUCUUAUCCUUCUCGUUAACCGAAAGAUUGUUGACAUUGGAGACACGCUGUCGUUGUUCAUGGAGCUUCAAACCCUAGGUGACAGAACGCUGAAGAAGUUGGCGUUUGAUCACGUUAUUCACAGCAUACGCCGCAUGAACGAAAAGCAUAAGAACGAAGUCAAGAACCGAGCGCUUCAGAAUGUGUUGUUUGCCAUGCUUCAGCAAGAGAAAGAAGAGGAGGCCAAGAGGGCGCUCGUGACUCUGUGUGAGCUUCACAGGAGAAAAGUGUGGUUUGACGAGAGAACAGCAAAUGCAAUUUGCACUGCUUCCUUCCAUCCAGCAUCGAGGAUUAUGAUAGCAGCUUUAUCAUUUCUGCUAGAUUAUGAGAAGAUUGAAAAUGAUGAUGAUAGUGAUGAUUCAGAAAGUGAUGAUGAAUUGGUUGGAUCACCUCAAGUUGUCCUUAGCAAGGAGACAGUUUAUAAGGCAAGCCACCAAGGUACAGCAGCUAGCAAAAAGAAAAAGAAAGCUAAGCUACAGCGUGCCAUACGCAGCAUGAAAAGAAAGCAACGCAUGUCAUCUGAAAGGACCAAUAACAGUUAUUAUUCACCUCUUAACCAUCUCAAAGAUGCUCAGGGUUUUGUCGAGAAGCUGUUCUCUCGUCUUCAGAAAUGUAAUGAACGAUUUGAGGUUAAGAUGAUGAUGUUGAAAUUGAUUGCUCGAACAGUUGGACUUCACCAGUUAAUAUUGUUAAGCUUUUAUCCUUUUCUUCAGAAAUAUAUUCAGCCACAUCAACGUGAUGUUACAAAUUUGCUUGCAGCAGUGGUUCAAGCUUGCCAUGAUAUGGUUCCUCCUGAUGCAGUUGAGCCCUUGUUCAAACAAAUAGUAAAUCAAUUUGUACAUGACCGCUCACGCCCUGAGGCUAUUACUGUUGGGCUAAAUGCAAUCCGGGAGAUAUGCAUGCGCAUGCCAUUGUUAAUGAAUGAAGACUUACUGCAAGACCUUGCCCUAUAUAAGAAGUCACGUGAGAAGGCAGUUUCUGUAGCUGCUCGAUCUCUUAUUACAUUAUUCAGAGAGGUUUGCCCUUCACUGCUAGUUAAGAAGGACCGUGGGCGGCCUACUGACCCUAAGGCAAGACCAAAGGCCUAUGGAGAGGUCAAUGUUGCGACUGAUGUUCCUGGUGCUGAGUUGUUGCAGAUUAUUGACAAUGAUGAUGAGCAGGAGAGUGGUGAUUCUGAUGGUUUUGUAUGCAGUGACUCUGACAAUGACCAGGAAAUUGAUCAUAUGAGUAUAAAUGAUGAUGAUGAUGAUAACCAGCUAUGCAGUGACGAUACUGGAAGCCAUGAUGAUGAUGUUGUAUCAGAAGAUGAAGAUGCAAGAAGUUCUGAUAACGAAACUGGUGUUAGUGAUGCUGUUGAAGACAGUGAAGAGGAAGAUGAUGAAGAGGAUGGUGACGUUUCAGAACAUGAAGAUGAUGGUCUGCAUUCUGGCAGUGAUUGUGGAAGUGUGGAGACAAAAAGUACACUGAAAGACCCAGCAAAAAAGAGGAAGUUUACUGAUUUUAAUGGUCAACUUAUAGCUGCUGAUACAAGUCUCCGGGCUUUGAAGAAACUGGCAGGGGCAAAAGUGGGGGAUGCCCUAUCGGAAUCUAAAGAUGGAAUUCUUUCUAAUGAGGACUUCCAAAAAAUCAAAGAACUAAAGGCAAAAAGAGAGGCAAAAAAUGCAUUGGCUCAGCAUGGGCUAGCCAAGUCAGCAUCAAUUAAGGUUCCGAGCUCUGAUCAACUAAGUUUAAAGCGUGUGGAUGGUACCAUGCUUGAAGUUCAUGUAAGGAAAAGGCUGAGUAAGGAUGAAAGGUUAGCAUUGGUUAGAGCAGGCAGGGAGGAAAGAGGAAAAUACCAUGCUCGAACUGCUGUAAAACAGAAAAAGACUGGUGGCCUAAGCAACCGACAAAAGGAACACAAGAAGAAAAUGCCCUUGGCUGCAAAGAGAGAUAAGGUAGCAAGAUCUCGAAUAGAGAAAAAGAAGAAACAUCAGCGAUCCAGCAAACAGUUCCGUGGUAGGAAAGCGUGGAAGCAAUAAUUAUGGUGUCUUAUCAUGAACAGAAUUUUGUUCUUCGAGUGAACCCUCGUGAGCCUCUUUUUCCAACCUCAUACGGUUAAAAGUUAAAACCGGUAUGUGAUGGUAAUGGUUGUUUCUUAUUCCCGUUGAAUGUUGUUACACCGUUAUAUUCAGUUAUCUUUUAUUUUUCCCAGUUCCUUGGCAUGACUUGUAUUGCAUAAUACUUUGACCAUUUUUAAUUAUAACAAAAGAACCGAAAUUGGAGUAAUUGAAUAGGCAAUCGGACUGAAAAAUGUGGUCUGAUAAGAUGUUAAUACAUGUACGAAUACAAUAGAAAUGGGGGAACUUCAAAGCAAAUAACGCUUUGGAGUGCAGAGUUAUCUUUUUCAUGUUUGUGUAUAUCAUGAACAUUGUGCAAGAUUUGUUGCAUUCAGUUUCCAUUUUGGUUCCUUUCGAUCCUUUUCAGAUUUUGUGAAAAAUGUUUUUAUUGUCUCUUUUUCUUGUGGGACAUUAAAUAAGUGAAUAUAUCGACAGUCGGGACAAUUUAGCAAUGAAAACACUAAUAGAUUCCCUCUUCAUAAUGAUGAAAAAGAGCCAUUUUCUGUGAUGCCCGGUGACCGGAAAGGAGCAAGUUUAACCAAUAAUAUCAGCGCAUGGACAGAUUCUGAUGAUUGCAAUUC